GCAGAGGACAGUGCGCGCCCCUGGAUGCGAGCAGCUCAAGUCGCAGCAGCCACUCCACUCCAUGUUUUGCCCUGCCCUUGUGCGCUCUGCUCGCCGUGCAGCGUGUCUCCGUUGCAUUUUGCUUUCCUCACACCGACACGAGCACAGGGCUGCUGUGUGUGCGGGAGAAGUUGUUUGCACAGAGAGCUCCAGGUAGCAACUGUCUUCUUCAAACGGAUUCGUCCAAGCUGGGAGCAAUCGGACUCGUCAGGGUCUUAUAUCUUUUUCGAGGUGGAAGAGACGAAGCUUUUGCAAUGAGGUGGACGUACCAGUAUCUAAAGUGAGGAGUGAUUUUCCUUUUUUUUUCUUCUUUCCUUUUUGUUUUAAUAAACAUCUGAUACCCUGCUCACUGGAGACAUUUUUUAAUCAGCUCUUUUGGGAUUUUUUUUUGUUCUUUUUCCGACGGAGCUCGUAUUUCCCUGUGAAACAUUAUCAAGGAUUUCACUGAUGUAUGCGAUGUGGAGACUGCAAGUCGCCUUAUGUACUCUGUCGGUGCUGUCCCUGUCAUCUGCUGGUGAAAGCAAAGCGCGGAGCUGUAGCGAGACUAGGCAAGCUUAUAACGCUAAAGGAUUCAGCCUCGUCAAUGUGCCUCAUCAGGAAAUAUCAGGUGAGCACCUGCGUGUCUGUCCUCAGGGAUAUACUUGCUGCACAUCCGAGAUGGAGGACAAACUCAACCAGCAGAGCAAACUGGAGUUUGAGAACUUGGUCGAGGAGAGCAGCCAUAAUAUGAGGACGACAUUUGUCUCGAGGCAUAAAAAGUUUGAUGAGUUUUUCUUGGAGCUGCUGGACAAUUCUGAGAAGUCUCUUAACAGUAUGUUCACACGGACGUACGGGAAGCUGUAUAUGCAGAACUCUGAGGUGUUCCAGGACCUGUUCACUGAGCUGAAGCGCUACUACACAGGGGGCAACGUCAACUUGGAGGAGAUGCUUAAUGACUUCUGGUCCAGGCUGCUGGAACGCAUGUUCCAGUUACUCAACUCCCAGUACCACUUCACAGACGACUACCUAGAGUGUGUCAGUAAAUACACAGAUCAGCUAAAACCCUUUGGAGAUGUGCCCAGGAAACUGAAGGCCCAGGUCACCAGGGCCUUCAUCGCUGCCCGGACAUUUGUUCAGGGGCUAAUGGUGGGUCGGGAGGUCGCCAACAGGGUUGCCAAGGUGAAUGUAGUACCAGCAUGUGUCAAAGCAUUGACCAAGAUGCUGUACUGCCCAUACUGUCGCGGCAUGCCUGGGCUGAAACCCUGUCACAACUACUGUCACAACGUUAUGAGGGGCUGUCUCGCGAACCAGGCAGACCUAGAUGCUGAAUGGAACCUCUUCAUCGAUGCUAUGUUACUGGUGGCAGACAGACUGGAGGGACCCUUCAACAUUGAAGCAGUUAUAGAGCCAGUUGACAUCAAGAUCUCUGAGGCCAUCAUGACCAUGCAGGGCAACAGCGUGCAUGUGUCAGCCAAGGUUUUUCAAGGGUGUGGCCAGCCAAAGCCAUCAGGAAUAGGCAGGUCUGUGCGUGGCAUCUCAGAUGUGUUCAGCGCUCGCUUCAGACCCUACACCCCUGAAGAGAGGCCAACUACCGCAGCUGGAACAAGCCUGGAUAGACUGAGGGUUGUGUGGAGGACAAUGCAACACAGUGUGAUUGACAUCAAAGAGAAGUUGAAGGAGUCCAAGAAGUUCUGGUCCAACCUGCCAGAUGACAUCUGUGCCAAGGGCAAGCUCACAGAGUCUGAUGAGGAUCAGUGCUGGAACAGCCACACGAAGGGCAGAUAUUUCCCUGAGGUGGUGAAGGAGGGUCUAACCAACCAAGUGAACAACCCAGAAGUGGAUGUGGAUAUCACCAGGCCUGACACACUGAUACGACAGCAGAUCAUGGCUCUACGUGUCAUGACCAACAAGCUAAAGAACGCCUACAAUGGAAAUGACAUAUACUUCCAGGACUCAAGUGACGAGGGCAGUAGUUCUGGCAGUGGCAGCGGCUGCUCUGACGGCUGCACAACAGAGUUUGUUUUUGUUGGAACAGAGGCUCCUGUGAUCGGAGCCGACAGAAGCAAUGAACGUGCAGCAGCAGCAGCCGCGGGCAAGUCAUUUUCCCGCGGACCCUCCCUACUGCUGGUGGUGACCGCCCUCGCACUCCCACUCUGGGCAAUGCAGAUUCAAUGGAGAUAAUACACGAGUGUGGCCUGAUCACUGACUUUUAUACUGUUACGUACAGUACAGUAUGUGUAACAGCAAGUUCUACUGCUGUUCCCUCACUGGACACUGGAAACCUGUCGAGAAUGGCUUACUGUGUUGUAUGGUAGGACUGGAAGUGAGUGCAGUGCUGCAUCCUGCUCGUCCCCCAAAGAAUGCUCGGUGUCAUCACUGAACCAGCUUUCUCUGAAAAAAAAACAACAUGUGGUGUUUUCUCAUUAUUCUAAAGUGGGUUUUAAAAAAAAUAAUGAAAACUAUCUGAUCAGAUUUUUCAGAUAAAAGGGAAUUUAUUUUUAUUUUCCUUUGUAUGAUGAAGUUGUGAAAACAAGACAACACCCAUUUUGUCUUAUUAGUCUUUUCCCCCUCAGAUAAAAGGAGAAAGUCUUACUGUGUGCAUGCAUGGAAAUGAUGUUAACUAACAAAAACAUGUUUUAGGUUUUUUUAUGCAGGCUACACAGUUUUGGAUUGGUUGGUACAGGAUUGUACAGUGCUAGCAGUUCACCUGGUUUCCCGUUUGGUCAUAUCAGUAUGGCUUCAGGAAGCAGUUCUUACAGCCACUUUAUAGUUGCACAUUUGAUUAUCUCUAAGAAAGUGCUAAUGUACUGCACUACUUUGCACAGAUUAUUUUUGUCAGCUUCAUAUCAAGUUUAUAAAGCUACAGCGCCACCCCAUAGAGACAGAAGAUCUAUAUUUUCAGAUCAUUUAACUGAUUGUAUUGUACUUAUAAACGGUUGCAGUAUGUAUUUCACUGGAAGGUACUGUCAUGUUAUGUUACUGGUUUAGUUAAUGGCAAAAAAAUUUAGAAAUGUUUUUGUUUUUACAAAAUAUUUGAUCACCUCUAAAAAUUUAAAAACAGGAGUUUUUCGCAACAACACUAAGCCAUUAUACUACAAUUGCCUGCUAACUAUAUUUAGUUACCUGAUUUACUUUCUUCUUUUUGGGUACUUAACAUGCACUUAAACAGUUCAGAUUUCCUUUUUAUUUCUCAGAGGACUCAGAGUAUAUUAGUGAUAUUAGGUAUAUGUUAAUGACAUUUUUAUGUAUUUUCUUCACUCUCAUGCUUUAAUUAUUUAUGAUUUAUGUUGAACGUUUGUAUUACUUGUUUGUAUUACAUGUAUGGAAGGUUACACAUUAUCCUACACCUGUAAGCUCAGCCCGCUGACAGGUUCACCCUUUCACAUCUUAUGGAGCACUAUGCUGAAAUUUGCGUGUUCUUGUUUGGCAAUCAUGCCGGACCCACCACCCCUACAGGUUAAAGGUUAUACAAGUGCCCAUGCUUUCCUAAAAGACAUGUACAAAGUCAGAAACUAAAAAAAAACAGGGUGCCAAGGUUAGUGGGCUCUGGCUGUACUCUUAGAACUAGGGUUACUAUUCAUAACUUUAAUUCUUUCUCCCAACAGUCUUUGACCUCUAACAGGCUCUGUAGGGAGCAAAGCCAAUAGUUUGCACUCCACCAAAACAACUCGAUGCCCGUGACCUCUGCUCACACAGAAAAAGGACAUUCCAGAAAUGUUGCAGGCGUACAUAUAAACAAACAAACAAAGGGAUAAAUGUACACUGAUCCACAAAAGAGGGCACUUGUGGCAGCCACCCUCGUCCUGGAUUGUCCCUGGAGGAUCUAAUCCCAUCAACUCAGAAGCACCUGAAAUGCUUUUACAUAGCCAAUAAGUAAGUCUCUUGACUCAACAGGGGCAUUCCCUAAACCCAUCGCUGUGACAAAUUAACAGCUACUGUGAGCAUCAUGGGACACAAGAGUGCAAAUAGCAUCAAGCUGCAACUGUCAAGACCUGCAAAAAAUAUAUGAUGUCCUAGGCACAAAUUACAGGUGUGGAUGAAAUGCAGUGUUUCUGUGGUCCCCUCAAAGGAGCAAAUGACAAAAGUAGACUGAUCUCCACAUUCGCCAAAGUUUGCAGCAACAUGGUUGUCUUCACAGACAGCAACUUAAGCAAGAUCUCCCCUCAGUGGGCUCAUAUGACUCACACAAGAGACCCCAAUCACCACAGGAAGCUUCCACUGCAGAACAGAUGGGAAAACAUUUGACCUUUGACGCCUCACUCCCUGCAAAAACUGCUUCAGGAGAAGGUGACUAAACAGCAGCCUCCCACUAAAACCAGCAUGACACAAUUAAAUCACUAGUGCGUAAACCUUAAUUGUGAAAGGCGACAUGCCUCUAUCCAACCAAAGCCUGAGGAAAGACAACACUAAACUGAUCAACAUAAGGUCCUCUAUAAUGUUUGUAUUGUGCAUUAAAUAACCUGAGUGGAAAUACAGAAAAGACAAAAAUUAAAAACGUGAAAUAUUGCACUAAAAAAGUGUUUAGUCUGGGCUGACUGAGAGAGCCUGUUAAGCCCUUAAAAGGUCAAAGUCUGUAUGAGACAGAAGCAGGGGUGCAAUGGAAACUAAACACACAUACAGUAAACACAGUUUACCAACCUCUCAAAAUCUGAAAUAGUGUUUACGCAAAAGUGACAUUGGUUACACUCUACCACACUUCUGUGUUGGAUAUUUUGGAUAUCUCACGUCUCCUCUGCCGGAUCAUAUUUACAUGAGCAAAGAAAUCCCACCACCCACCUUUGUUAGGCAGAGGUGAAAGCAGACAGAUCCCCAUCUCAACUUAGUGGGGCUGACAGAUGAGAGGUAGUUAGACAGGAUGGACAUCCAGCAGUAACUAUUUAUAAUGUGCUGAAUAUUAAAUGAAGGAACUCUCUGCCAGACCUGAUGUGCAGCAACAGGAUUUACCCACCCAGGAGUGCAGUCUGGAAAGCAGAUAAUUUCAAUGAAGGAACUUCCAUGUAAAAAUCAUGUUCUGUUAAAUUGGGCCAUUGAAGCUCAGACUGAUAAUUCAAUUUCAGCUUCAGGCAUCUUCACUUGAUUUUUAGAAUUGAACACAAAAAGAUGUUUUGUCAGCACUUUUAUUUUGAUGUGUCAUAUUGUUGCCUAAAACUAGAUUAAAUCAGGCAGUAACAGAGUUGCAUUCAGAUGAUCUUUGUCCUUUGGUGAUUUUACAAUUGAUUAAAUAACUAUACAGUAAAAAUGCAAGUUAGUGGGUUAUAUAUCGCUGCAGUCAAACACAGCCAUAUAGAUUCACUUUUCAAGUAUUAAAUAACAUUGUGGAGGCAGAUAUUUCUGAGUCAGGGUCAGAAGUGAGCCAUGAACUUAUGAAGACUAUGUUUUUGAAAGUGUGAAAACUCAGCAAGAAUCUGCAGCCACACAAAGGUUGAAUGCACCUGUAUCUGUGAUUGCAACAACAAGAGGUUUUUUAUGAGUUAGGAUGAGGCAGGUCUUCGGGUCGUGUUCCUGAAAUACAGUAAAGAAAGUAAAUCAAGGUGAAGGUGUUUCAGAAGUAGGCUGAAUUUUUCCAAAGAUCUUGCAUCGGUACUAACAGUCUUCUCUCAUUCUGAUGAGUUGUUGUUUGUCAUUUUCCACUGCCUUGUGUAUUCCUCUCUCUCCUGACAAGCUACGUUACCCUGGUCAGACAGUAUCACUGUCUGAGAUGCUUCAGUGCUUCGCUUAAUUUGUCUGUGAUCCUUUUCUUUUCUUUUUUGGUCUCAUUUAUUCUCUUUGGCAUUUGAAAAACUGAAAAAAUUAGGUUUUUUACAGAAUGUUUAGAAAAUGUGUUAUGCAAGGUCUUCUCCAUUUUGAUGUUAAUUGUUUGCUGCACUUUUGCUAAAACAUAUGCUGUGAGUGUGGUACUGUUGUGAUUUGCAAAAUCAGAUAACUAAGGAGCACAUUAAGAUUUUUGGAGCUGUCAGUGCACGCUGUUUGAAGUGUUUUGGGGGAACUGAAGUUGAGGGUUGUACAAGCAGACAUGCCUUACCAUUUUUAAAAGACUAAAAUGGAUUGCUUAUUCGGCUUUUGUUACACAUUCUUGUAUACAGAAAAUAAUACCAAGGUAAUAAUAAACGUUUUAUUAA